AUAGCAGAAUGUCUGAGGCAGAGGGAGAAGACGAAGGUACUAUUUGCAGAAGCUGGCAGCGAUUUCAUAGACGUGUUGUUAUGCUUCCUACUUCUUCCAUUGGGAACGAUUAUGGAAGUCCUUGAGAAGCACUACGGAGACAAGGCGCCUGUUGUUGGAAGCUUAACCACUCUCUACAAAGGUGCUUCAAAUCUUGAUAUCAUCCAUUUCCAUGGAGAGGCUUUUAAGAAGUACGUGAUCAAUUCAACGCAUUUUGAGAGUGAAUUGUGUAAACUGAGGCUCAACAUCCGUGGUACUCAGCCCACAAGUUCCACUUCUUCGGAAUCAUAUGAAGGAGUUUUCACUGAUGGUGCAGCUUCUUUCAUAAUCACCGACGAUCUCUGUGUGCUGCCUAAUGGGACAGGUUCUAUCAUUGAAACUCUCAGCACUAUCGGCGUUUCUGUGAAAGAUAUGGAUGGCAUGGAUAUAAGAAAUGUGACAUUUGGACUGAAUGAGAUUAUUGCUUUGCUGAAGGAAUCAUUGAUUUCCUCGAAUCCACUCACUGCCCUCAUUUUCCCUGGUAGAAAGAUGAUUAGAGCAACAGAGGGGCGUGUUUUGUUACAUCAGAUUGACCCGAGGCCGACUCUUGUGAUCCCAGAAAAUACGAUGUUGAAAGUCAUGCUUCAGAAAUCUACAAACAAGUUUCUGUUUGCUCAGGCAGAUUGUGAUUUCGUAAAUUUUCUUUUUGUCAUGCUGAUCAUUUCCUUAGGAAGAGUUGAGUGGUUUUUGGGAAGUAGCACUGGUCUCAAGAGUAUGGAUAAUUUGCAUAGAAGUGUCGCUGAUAAUUUUAAUAAUAUGCAUCUGAAAGAUUCAGACACCAUAGACUUGCUAAUCAAGCCUAAGCAUCCUAAUUGCUAUUUGUUCAAUGGAAACAGACUCUGUCUUAUGAAUUUCGAACACAUUGGAAAUCAAUCUUAUGUCCACGGACCGAGAAUGUAUAUGGUACGUGAUGACUUGACUGUUGCACCGUUGGGGGUAACCUUAGGUCUUUCUGUUUUCAACGAGUUGAAGAUCUCUUUGUCUGAUAUAAAAGAAAUAGAGGUGCAAGUUGGGUUGGAAGAGGGUUUAAGCAUAUUGAAAGCGGCUCUUACAUCGACCACUGCUUUGACAGAUGGCCUCGUCAACCCCUUCUUAAAUAAACAACCUCAAUAAGAAAUGGAGCGUUGAAGAGAGAGCCAUAAAGGCAGCAAGCACACUAGAGGAUCGUGGGACUCCAAAAAUAUUUGAGUAUCUAGUUUUAUUAUAUACAGUAACUAGUUUUAAAAUUCUUGUGUAAAUCACCAAAUUAAUCAAAAUUUAGGUGCUAAAGACUUGAUCACAUAGUUACAUUCUUUGUUUCACAUUUUUCUUUUCAGGAUGUCCCACUUUUAAAUGCUCCUCUUAGAAUGGGGCAAGGGCAAGGGUAUAUAAUUUGUCUACUUUUCUAGGAUUUUAAUUAUGCAAUUUUUUUUCUAGACUA